AUGACCGGUGUCACAAUGACCGGCAACAGCUUACACAUGUUACGGAGCAUCCUUCCCCGGUGGCGAAACAACUCAACAUUUCUGUACCGAACGUUAGUGAACGAUGCCGCAGCGCUUCAGCUCAAACCAUCGCGUGGUCGUAAACCAAAAGCAAUAAUCACAUCCACUACCAGUGCCGAACAUGCUAUACCGAAGGACAUACUCGAACACUUUCAAACCGCCGAAGGGAUGGACGCGUCCGUGCUGAAACAUUUCCCAUCAUCGAUACUGCGUAAAAGUUCCCUUAACACGGAACGAUUUUACAUCGCAAAUCGAGCAACGGCAGAACGAAUUGCGGACAUUAUAGCGCACGAUCUUCCACCCGAUCGACCAUUGCUGGAAAUAAAUCCUGGCCCGGGUCUGCUUACCAAGGAACUGCUGAAACGGAAUAUUACCAAUCUGCGCCUUUACGAAACGGAAUCCGCUUUCGAAGCACGGCUACGAUCAUCCUUCCAAUUACCGCACGAUGCCCUUCAAAUAGGAGAUUUCAAUGGAUUAUGGCGAUUGUCGUAUCUGGACGGACAGGACAAUGGUCGACGGGUGUUGAAACUAUUGGCCGGCAUACCACAGAGGAAGUGGCCGGAUGAGGUUGCCUUCCGAUUGUUUUCCAUAGUAGGAACGAUAAAGUUUUUGCGCUAUCUUAUGAACUCGAUCACACAUCAGUCGGAAUUUUAUUUGCUCGGACGGUACGAGAUGUUUCUCGCAAUGUCACCGUUACUAUACGCGCAAAUAGCCGCAACCAAAGACGGCGGAUACAAACUGUACCGGGGAUGUACGGUCGUGUUUCAGGUGUACUUUGAGCACGAAUUGUUGGGAAAAAUACCGCGCAAACACUUGCUGCCCUGGUACACCGCGGGCAGCACAAAAAAAGUCCGUACCCUGCACCAAAAGCUAAUCGAGGAUGGUGCAGAAGAGUGGUGUUUGGUGAAGAUAGUACCAAGGCAAAAUUUGCACGAACAUCUACUUCCAGACAAUUUCGGCCUAUUUGCUUCGUUCGUAACGCAACAUUACAUAAGCAGACGGAAUCGAAUAAUCCCAUCGCUAGAACACUGGAUACCACACUGUGGAGCAAGAUUAAUCCUAAACGCUAACUAUACGCGAAAAAGAACCACGAAAAAAGGAACCGCACCGGCUGUGUGCCUACCGAGCCAGCUGCCCAAAUCGAUGCCUCUGUCAUCGAACGAUUAUCCGACCAACAUGAACAUUUACACCGAGUUUGGUGAACUGACGCCCAUGCAGGCGCUAACACUGUUUAAUGAAUUUAUCAACUGGUCUGAGUUCCAUCAGUCACCGUUUAUGCAGGCGGUGGAAAGUCAAAAGCACAAGCAGCGCCUUAUGCGCACUCUAGAUGAAGACGAUCCGGUCGAGGAGGCCACCGAACCGGUGAAGAAACGAUCCGAUUCGUAG